CUAAUUUUAUAUUUGGGGCAGAAUCCACAGAUUGCGGCGUCUCCGGUCUCUCUGUGAAACGCAGAAGAGGGAAUGGAUAGCGACACUGAAGAGUCGCCUAGGAAGAGACAGAGAAAGAAUCCCUUUUCUGGGGAUUCAUCUUCUCGCAAGAAUCUUAUGCAAGAGGAAGAUAUUCGAUUGGAGACAACACGAGCUAGAUUUUCAAAUGUUCUCAAGAGGCAUGGAGAAUUAACAGAGCGUCUUUCUAGGGAUUCUGACAAGAUGAUAUUCGAGCGUCUACAAAAGGAAUUUGAAGCUGCUCGUGCUUCUCAAACUGAAGAGAUUUCCUUAGAUGGUGAAGAAUGGAAUGAUGGGCUAUUGGCAACAAUAAGGGAGCGGGUUCACAUGGAAGCAGACAGAAAGGCAAUGCCAGGGGACAUAAACAUAAUGCCAGGUCCACAUUUUCAGGAAAAAAUUACAUAUAAAAUUGGCAGCAAGGUGAUUUGUUGUUUGGAAGGGGCAAGAAUCGGCAUUCAAUAUGAGACGUCUUUUGCUGGUGAAACUUGUGAGCUAUACCACUGUGUGCUUGAAAGUAAAUCAUUUCUUGAAAAGAUGACUGUCCUUGAACACACAAUUCCAUUUUUUCUACCGAUACGAGAAGCAGAAAAUGAUCUUCUCUCUUCCAACGCCAUGCAAUUUAUAGAUUACGUUGGAGAACUUUUGCAGGCUUAUGUGGAUAGGCGCGAACAGGUUCGGCUUAUCAAGGAGUUGUAUGGAAAUCAAAUUAGAGAAUUGUAUCAUAGCCUUCCAUACCACAUGGUUGAAUUUGUACUGGAUGAUUCUGAUUGCAAGGUAACAGUAAGUCUUAGAUAUGCAGAUCUUGUCUCUGUACUUCCUACUAGAAUCAGAGUGCUUGCUUGGCCAUCCAAGAAAGGUAGUAUAGAUGCAGCGACUAUGAACAGGAAGGAAAAUGGAGUGCUGGGAAGUCACCAAAUUCCUGUUCGCCUAUCAUAUGCAGAGGAUGCUGUGCGAACCAUGAGCUUACCUGAAGCAUUUGCGGAGAUUGUGUUAAAUCUGCCCCGAGCACUUCAGCAAAUGUCACAACAGACUAGCAAAUGAUUCUUGACUAAUGUAUUCGGAUUUGUACAAAGCUAUAGCAGAAGACGUUGGCUGGGGGUAGCUCUAACCUUUGCUUUAGCAAAAACGAGAGAGUACGGUUAUCUUCGUUUCUCAGCACCAAAUCUAAGCCAAUAUUAGGAUGGAUAUGGAUUAGUAAAUUUGUAGAUAAUUACCACUUUACUCUCAUCUCUCAGCAAAAUUUUUGCCUUUUUUUUUUUUGGUCACUGUGUAGUGCAUAUUAGUUUCAUUUGAACACCGGGUGGAAAUGAUCUCAAUAGAUCAAGUGCAUUCAUUGUGGUAACAUUUUAGUAUUGUCCCUGAGAUGGUCCCCCCGUUCUUGGCGAUACAGUAUAUUGUAUACAGCUAUAAGUAGAUGGCCCUUUUCCUCAUUCUUAAUUUUCUUUAAUUUUUUUUUAAUGUAUAAAUUUUCCACAUCUCGAA